UUACUAAGUCUUUUGUCUGCAGUUUUCUUCCUCACUGCUAGGGGUGCUAUGGCACCUAAUUGAGCUCCUUAAGUAAAGGUGAGGUUUUAGAGGAAGUUAGCAGAACAGCAGCAGUAGGAAGCGUGGCUUUACUGCAUUUGUGCUAUGUCCUGGUUGAGGAAUGUUCCAUUUCAAGCUCAACUUAAAACACCGGAGAAGCAGAUCAAAAAGCAAUUCCAAGAUACCUGUGGUGCAAAACAAGCAGUACAAAGCUCUGAGGAACCAUCAGAGGUCUCCCCUAAGAGUGACCACAAAGCCAUCCUGAAGUCGCUGAAGGAGGAGCAGACCCGCAAGCUCGCACAGCUGGCAGAACAAUAUGAGCAAAGCAUUAAUCAGAUGAUGACCUCUCAUUCGAUUGAAGACAAGCUGGUCUCACUUCAUAAGGAAUGGACCGAAAAAUCAAGCAUUUAUUUGAGCGUCAGGAGCGAGAACUGGAGAUGUUUGAUUCAGAGAGUGCACGACUAGGAUUCGGAAGCUUGGCCUCGUUUCACUUUCCCAAGGAUGAGGCCAGAUGAUCUAACAGAGGUGAAAGGGACUGUUCAACACUGAUGUCUUUGGACACAUUGUGCCUGCACUGUCCCUGAUUGUUGGAUUUACCAAGAUCAUCCAAACAGUGACCAUGCUGGAUCAAUAUCUUAUAACUCAUAUCAGCUGUGAGAAUUUCACUGAUAUUCUGAAAGGAGAAACUAAACAGCCACAAACACAAAAGUAGUUUGGUGGUGCAUCACUGAGCUCAUAAACCAAGAAGAAAUAUCUAGACAAACUGACCAUAAAUCUCCAUGCCAUUGUCCCACUUUUGGUUUUAAAUUAGUAAUUCAGGAUAUUUUAGCACAAGUAAGCACUUUGAUAUGCUAAGUACGAUCCCAUCAUGUUAGGUGGAAAUGAAGUGUGAAAUGCCUUUGGUGUCAUCAAAGGACAUUGCGAUUGUAGAAUGUGUCCUGCAUCUUCACCGUGGCUAUUAGCUGUUUUGUAUGUAUCAUAGAGAAUGUGACAACUGUUGAUGAAAACUUUACACAGAAGCAGAUUUUCAAGCAGUGUCUGAUGUUAAAAUAUGGUGAAUACAUUAAGAGCAUUUAAUUAAUUUCAUAUUGUGGAACCCACGCUUUAUUUCUUUUUACUUAGAAAAAGAAAAAAAAAGAAAAAAAAAUGUAUUCAUUGUUUAGUAUCCUAAAUUAAUUGGCAUUAGUUUUAUCAGGAUGUGAACUUAUUACAUUGAAUCAGUUCUGUCAGAGUUACUGGUAUUAUUGCAUGCACUUUAAAAGACAAAUUCAGGUUGUGAAGUGGAGCAUGAAUCUGUCAGAGAUUUUAGCUGUGUACAAAUAAAAGUGGCCAUAACAGUUUUGUUAUCUUUGAUAUAAAUACCCGCCAAAUGGCUUUAAGUUAUGUUGAUGAAUGAUUUUUUCCCCUUAUUUUGCAGUUUGUUGAAUUGAUUCCUUCAAUGUGGACUUAUCACUGCUCUUGUACAGGCAAAAUGUUGCAAUUUGUGUUGAAAAAAUGUUCUAUAAAUAUUUGUAUAUGAUAACCUAAAUAGGGUUUACAUAUGUAUUGAUCAAUCAUUGCCAACAAAGAUCUAUGGAACUCUUGUUCAGUGAAGGCAGAGGAACGCACAUUUAUUUUUGUAAGUAAAACAGAAAGUAACUUAUAUUCUCAUGCAUCAUGUGACAGCCUUCAUGUCUGGUGGAGCUAUAAUGUGAACACCUCUGUGUAACAGAGUUCAUGGCUUGCUGUCAUUUAAGAAAGACACCGCUCCAGCAACUAGUAGAAGGGGUUCAGUUGAUUCUUAAUUCACAAAAACAUGUACUUUAUAGGCAGAUUUGUGGUGUGUAAUAAAAGAUUCUUUGGGCCUGACCAACUAUAUCUUUUAUAAACUCUGACCUUUCCCUUCAUUAUUCAUGAGCAUCUCAUAAUGUUUUAUUAGUGAUCACAGGUGUUUUUCUGCUACUGUCUUUUAGGGCUUCUCCAACAAAGCCAUUGUUGAAACUGUCAUUGCACAAAUUAAGUGAUGUUUUAACAAAUAAACACAAUGAAAUUUUUAUCCGUUUCUUAAAAGUAAUAGAUUGAUGCCAAGGCUGUUAUAUUCAUUCAUUUAUUUUGGUUGCUGAUGUUAACACAACAAACGAUUGUAUUUCUGUGCUUCUUAUAGUUCAUACUGUUCGGUAUCUGACCUCAUUAUGUAAAUAUGAUUAAAAAAAAAACUAAAUCUCCAUCUCAGUUCUUGUAUGGCUUGGUCAGAAGACCACCAAUAGUAAUAACAAUUUUACAUAAUAAUAAAUAAUAUUAAUAAUAAUAAUAAUAAUAUAGCAGAUUGCACAUUAUUUCAUCCAAUAUAAAACAAUUUGUGCAUGCUCCCAAUAUAAAACAAUAUAUAUUUUUUUUAAAUAUUUUAUUUUUGCUUUUGAACUGUAACAUAGAACAAUACAAGACGGUACAAAACACAUUAUACACGUCAUGAAACACCAGAUGAGAAAAAAGGUAAAAGAAAUUAUAAAUUACUUAAAAUAAGCAUAAAAACAAAAUUUAUAAUAAGAUGGGUGCAGGGUAAUGUUAUAUACAGGGUAUAUUUAAAUACAGGGUAUUGUUAUUAGUACAGUGUAAGACCUCAAUCAAAAAGAGAGUCCAUCUUUUCUAUUGAAGUAUCUUCCAUAUAGCUGAUAAAGGGUUGCCAAAUUUGAUAAAACACUACUUUUAUUCCUUAACCAGUAUGUUAGUUUUUCCAAGGGUAUACAGUUGUUGACCUCAGAUAGCCACAAACUGAUGGGGAUAGCAGUAUCAGAUUUCCACUUCUUUGCAAUGCACUUCUUGGCAAUUAUUAGCAGAAUUUCUGAAAGUUUUAUGGUGAAAACCUGUUGCAGUUUAGAAUUGUUAUAGUUACCCAAUAGGCAUACUUCUGGAUCCAUUGGAAAAUUGACUUCAUGAAUAUCAGAGAUCAUGUUGCAUACUUUUUGC